GGGUUGUCGCUUUCUAAGCCGAGUAUCUUCUCCCUUGUCUCAACCAUUGUUCUUUGCUAUGUAUGUCGAGAUGGAAAGCUGCAUGAGCAGCAACAACAACAACAACAACAACCAGUGGAGAGCUGAGGAAGCCAUUGGUGGCAACGCUAAAGCUCUUCAAACCCUCAGAGAACUCAUCAUAUUCCCUCUCCACUUCUCUCACCAUGCACACAAGCUUGGCAUCAAAUGGCCAAGAGGGUUGUUGCUGUACGGUCCACCAGGCACGGGGAAGACAAGUUUGGUACGAGCAGUUGUUCGGGAAUGCGAGGCACAUUUGACAAUUAUAAAUCCAUACUCUGUUCAUAGACCACAUGCUGGUGAAAGUGAGAGAAUUCUCCGUGAAGCAUUUUCAGAGGCAUCAUCUCAUGCAGCCUUGGGCAAACCAUCAGUGAUCUAUAUUGAUGAAAUAGAUGCACUCUGUCCCCGUCGAGAUUCCAAAAGGGAGCAAGAUGUCCGAGUUGCCUCCCAACUCUUUAAACUGAUGGACUCAAAUAAACCAACCUCUUCUACACCAGGGGUAGUUGUGGUUGCAUCAACUAACAGAGUGGAUGCAAUUGACCCUGCCUUAAGAAGGUAUGGACGAUUUGAUGCUGAAAUUGAAGUUACUGUCCCAAAUGAAGAGGAGCGCUUUCAAAUUCUAAUGCUGUAUACAAAGAAGAUUCCCUUGGAUCCCAGUCUUGACUUAAAAUCCAUUGCUGCAUCAUGCAAUGGGUAUGUUGGAGCUGAUUUGGAAGCUUUGUGUCGUGAAGCUACCAUCUUUGCAGUUGAGAGGUCCUCAAAUACAAAUGAAGAUGCUAGUAUUUUCAGUUUAACAAUGGAAGAUUGGAAGAAAGCAAGGUCUGUUGUUGGUCCAAGUAUAACAAGAGGUGUUACGGUGGAAAUUCCCAAAGUGACUUGGGAAGACAUCGGGGGAUUAAAAGAAUUGAAGAAAAAGCUCCAGAAAGCUGUUGAAUGGCCUAUUAAGCAUUCUGCUGCAUUUUCAAGAUUGGGAAUAUCCCCUGUUCGUGGAAUUCUUCUCCAUGGGCCUCCAGGAUGUUCCAAAACUACCCUUGCCAAAGCUGCUGCACAUGCUGCCCAAGCUUCUUUCUUUUCCUUGAGUGGUGCAGAGUUGUAUUCAAUGUAUGUUGGAGAGGGGGAAGCUUUGCUUCGUAAAACAUUUCAAAGAGCGCGGCUUGCAGCACCCAGUAUAAUAUUCUUUGAUGAGGCUGACGUGGUAGCUGUCAAACGGGGUGAUAGUUCAAGCAAUAGUGCUACGGUUGGAGAGAGGCUUUUAUCCACUCUGCUGACUGAGAUUGAUGGCUUAGAAGAAGCUAAAGGAAUUCUUGUUUUGGCAGCUACAAAUCGCCCUUAUGCAAUUGAUGCUGCACUUAUGCGUCCUGGACGUUUUGAUCUGGUACUGUAUGUGCCACCACCUGAUUUGGAGGGUCGAUAUGAGAUACUGUGUGUGCAUACACGUAAGAUGAAAACAGGGAAAGAUGUUGAUUUUAGAAGACUAGCAGAAGAUACUGAGCUCUUCACAGGUGCUGAACUGGAAGGGUUAUGCAAGGAAGCUGGAAUUGUAGCUCUAAGGGAAGACAUAUCUGCUACUGUUGUCUGUGACCGUCAUUUCCAGAUUGUGAAGAAUUCUUUAAAACCAGCAUUAACAAAAGCUGAAAUUGAUUCCUACUCAUCUUUUAUGAAGACUUCAUCUCAAGCUUUGCCCCGACAUUUUGAUUCAGGUUUGAAACCGAAUAAGAAAAAAAAGAAGUUGGGUCCUUUGUCGUUGGUUAAGAUUGGGGUUGUCAGUUGUAUGUUCCUUGCUGCAGCUAAAUACUAUAUCAUGCAUGCAGAUCAAACUCUACAUGAUAUAGCUACAUGAAGAGCAUAAUUCUUUUUCUUUUUUUGUUUUAAUCAACCCAUUUUUUAUUUUAUUUUAUAGGCAUAGCAUUUUGGAGUAAAAUUUUGAGAGUACUAGGUUACUCUUUUGUUAUCCAUUGUUGAUAGUAAUGAUCGUAAACAUGUCUAAAAAGAGUAAUUUGUACGUUGUCCACUGGUGAGCUUAUUUUUUUCAUAAGAUAUUUAUUGAUGUAAUUUUGCUCACUUGAGGUUU